UCCGCGGCCGCGGCGAGGGUCGGUGGGUUGCCAAGUCAGGCAACGAGGCGCUGGGAAACUCCUCUCGGGCACGGCGGCGUUGCAGGAGGACGAGCGCCCGAGCCACCCCGCGCACGCAGCCCGGCGGGCAGGCGCGCACACACGCACCGCACACACACGCACCGCACACACACGCACACGCGCGGCGGCCGCCCCCGGCCCCCCGCAGCCGCGGCCGGCGGGGAGGCGGCGCCCGGCGGGGCUGCCCCAUGGUCUUGCGGGGGCCGUGGGGAAGCUGCGGGGGCCCCGACGCGGCGCUCACCCUCCUGCGCGCCCUCCGCACUAGGAUGUUGCGGCAGGUCUUGCACAGGGGGCUGGGGACGUCCUUCUCCCGGCUCGGCCACUUCGUCGCCAGCCACCCGGUGUUCUUCGCCUCGGCGCCCGUGCUCAUCUCCAUCCUGCUGGGCGCCAGCUUCAGCCGCUACCAGGUGGAGGAGAGCGUGGAGCACCUCCUGGCCCCUACGCACAGCCUGGCCAAGAUCGAGAGGAACCUGGUGGACAGCCUUUUCCCGGUGAACCGCUCUAAGCACCGGCUCUACUCUGACCUGCAGACGCCCGGGAGGUACGGCAGGGUGAUCAUCACCUCCUUCCGCAAGGCCAACAUGCUGGACCAGCACCACACCGAUCUCAUCCUCAAGUUGCACUCUGCUGUGACCAGGAUCCAAGUUCAAAGACCUGGUUUCAAUUACACCUUUGCCCAUAUAUGUAUCCUGAACAAUGACAAGACAUGCAUAGUGGACGACAUAGUGCAUGUGCUGGAGGAAUUAAAGGCUGCUCGCUCUUCUAACCGAACUAAUUUUGCAAUCACUUACCCGAUCACUCACUUAAAGGAUGGCAGGGAAGUGUAUAAUGGGCAUCAGCUCGGUGGGGUUACUGUGCACAGCAAAGACCGGGUGAAGUCUGCAGAAGCCAUUCAGCUCACCUACUACUUGCAGGCCAUCAACUCCUUGAAUGACAUGGUGGCAGAGAAGUGGGAAUCCAUUUUUUGUGACACUGUUGAACUUUUCCAGAAAUCCAACAGGAAAGUCAAAAUGUAUCCUUUCACUUCUUCUUCGCUGAAGGAGGAUUUCCAGAAGACGAGCAGGGUGUCACAGCGCUACCUGAUCACAAGCUUGGUCCUUGUGGUCACCUUGGCCAUUCUCUGCUGCUCCAUGCAGGAUUGUGUCCGCAGCAAACCCUGGCUUGGCCUGCUGGGAUUGCUGACUGUGACCCUUGCCACUCUGACUGCAGCUGGGAUCAUCAAUCUCACUGGUGGGAAAUAUAAUUCCACUUUCCUGGGAAUCCCUUUCGUCAUGUUAGGUCAUGGGUUAUAUGGGACUUUUGAAAUGUUGUCCUCCUGGAGAAAAACUAGAGAAGACCAACACGUUAAAGAGAGGACUGCAGCUGUCUUUGCAGACUCCAUGCUCUCGUUUUCUCUCACCACUGCCAUGUACCUGGUCACUUUUGGAAUAGGUGCCAGUCCCUUCACUAACAUUGAAGCAGCCAGGAUUUUCUGCUGCAAUUCCUGUAUUGCAAUUUUCUUCAACUACCUCUAUGUACUUUCCUUUUAUGGUUCCAGCCUGGUGUUUACUGGCUACAUAGAAAACAACUACCAGCAUAGUAUCUUCUGCAGAAAGGUACCAAAGCCAGAGGUAUUGCAAGAGAAGCCUGCGUGGUACAGGUUUCUUCUGACAGCCAAAUUCAGCGAGGACACGGCAGAUGCAGAGGAAACAAACACUUAUGAGAGUCAUCUUUUGGUGUGGUUCCUGAAACGCUAUUAUUGUGACUGGAUAACAAACACUUACGUCAAGCCUUUUGUAGUUCUCUUUUACCUUGUUUAUAUUUCCUUUGCCUUAAUGGGCUACCUGCAGGUCAGUGAAGGGUCAGACCUGAGCAACAUCGUAGCGACAGCCACACGGACCAUUGAGUAUACCACAGCCCAGCAGAAGUAUUUCAGCAACUACAGCCCGGUGAUUGGCUUCUACAUCUACGAGUCCAUCGAGUACUGGAACACCAGCGUCCAGGAGGAUGUGCUGGAGUACACCAAGGGCUUCGUGAGGAUAUCUUGGUUUGAAAGCUACUUAAAUUACCUUAGGAAACUCAACAUAUCUACCGGAUUGCCCAAGAAGAACUUCACCGAUAUGUUGAGGAACUCCUUCCUGAAGACCCCCCAGUUUGCCCAUUUUUCAGAGGAUAUCAUCUUUUCCAAGAAAUACAACAACGAAGUCGAUGUCGUGGCCUCCAGGAUGUUCUUGGUGGCCAAGACAAUGGAAACCAAGAGGGAAGAACUUUAUGACCUCCUGGAGACCCUGAGGAAGCUCUCCCUCACCUCCAAGGUGAAAUUCAUCGUUUUCAACCCAUCGUUUGUGUACAUGGAUCGUUACGCCUCUUCGGUGGGAGCCCCUUUACAAAACUCCUGCAUUAGUGCUUUAUUUCUGCUCUUCUUCUCUGCAUUCCUGGUGGCAGACUCCCUGAUCAAUGUCUGGCUCACUCUAACUGUUGCCUCGGUUGAAUUUGGAGUUAUAGGUUUUAUGACCUUGUGGAAAGUGGAACUAGAUUGUAUUUCUGUGUUGUGCUUAAUUUACGGAAUUAAUUAUACAAUUGACAACUGUGCUCCACUGUUAUCAACCUUUGUCCUGGGCAAAGAGUUCACAAGAACUAAAUGGGUGAAAAACGCCCUGGAAGUGCAUGGGGUAGCUAUUUUGCAGAGCUACCUCUGCUAUAUUGUUGGUCUGAUUCCUCUUGCAGCUGUGCCUUCAAAUUUGACCCGUACACUGUUCAGGUGCUUGUUUUUAAUAGCAUUAGUCACCUUCUUUCACUGCUUUGCCAUUUUACCUGUGAUACUGACUUUCCUGCCACCAUCCAAGAAGAAGAGGAAAGAGAAGAAGAACCCUGAAAACCGUGAGGAAAUUGAGUGUGUAGAAAUGGUGGAUAUGGAUAGCACCCGAGUGGUUGACCAAAUUACAACAGUCUAGCUUGUUUCUUUGUUGCUUUUUCACACUAGGUCUUACUGAGAUUAAAAAAAAAAGGAAAGAACAAAAAAGAUAAAUCAGUACUGACUAAAUACCUGGGUAAAGAAAAGGAUUUGGAGGUUUUCUCUCCCUCCCAGGAAUAUUCAAAAUGGUGGGAGAAAUUAAAAUCAAGCGGGAAAGGGUGGGGGAGGGGGGAUU